AUGUCGCAGUGUGCCCGAUCACCACUCCCACCUUUUCGUAAACAAUCCCGGAUAUGCCUGUCAAGUCGACCGAGCCCAGCAGCUGACGGGACCCAGCAGCAGUUGCUCAAACAGUCCUUUUCAGGGCUAACUUCCGAAAGUCAUUCGAUUACCACUCUUCGAGGCUCCACUCACUGCUACUGCUUGCCCUCUGAGACGCCAGCUCACUCCGGCAGCUUCCAGCGGCCUCCAGCUCACCCCUGCAGCUUCCAGCAGUCUCCAGCUCACUCCUGCAGCAUCCAACGGCCUCCAGAGUUCUCCAGCUCACUCCUGCAGCUUCUAGCCCUCCGGCUCACGCCUCCAGCUCCGGCUCACUCCUGCGGCGCUUUACUGAUGCCCUGCUACUGCCCACUGACGUCCAGCGACCUGUUCCAACGCCUGUUAACCUCCGGAUACCGUUCCCGAACAAACGACCUCUGUCGCCCUACCACCCACCGUUCGCAAAAUAAAGACACGAUUUCCAUCGUCUACUACAGACCAUCUGCGUUUGUCAUCCUUCUUUGCUAUAGCCGUCUCUUUGCCUUUGUGUCCGCUUUGUUAGUUGUACGGUCGAUUGGCACUCACACCUCUCAGCCCACUGCAACAUAUAUUAAAUUCAACAAUAAUACAAAGUAG